CGCAACUUCACGAACAAGGAUAAUGUUAUACAACCUAUAGCGAAAUUGAUCGCGGGAUUCUGGCUGUUGUAUGUGUUGCAUAGACUUUAAGCGGAUCGGAUUAUGGAUUUGAACGGAUUUUUCCCUUUUUCAUACGCUUGUGUAUACCUACUUAAUUAACGAAAUAGCUCAUAUGGCUGCCGCACGACCAAAGCCCAAAUCUCGCUUCUUAUCCUCCUAAUCCCCCACGUCAACAAUACCAGAAUACCACCCAAACAAUUUGCAAAAUUUACAAUUCCGCCAUGCACCGCGAUGCUUUCUUCAUCGUUAUUGCCAAUAUCGUUUGCACCAAAUCGGGCAAAAUGGCUGAUGAUUGCCGUCUGGCCUCUCGUUUCGUGCGUUUUAUUCGAUCGUGCGGACAUAUCACGGACUGACAGUGUGUUUAGGAACACAAUGCGUGACACGAGAUACGGUCAGAACCGUGACCAGAAUCAAGUACAAUAGUUUCAUCGAUCUAUGGACUAUUCGGACGGAAACCACGAUUGAAAAUGCACUAAUACGCCUAAAUUAACUCUAGUGCUUUACGGCUUUAGCUUUCGAACAAUUUCACUAAAAGAGCUAAUUUGAUUUUUGUUUUAUUUAUUUGCCUGCCGUAUUCAAAGUGACUCGUUUUUACCACUUUUCAAUGAUUAAACAAAGAGAAUUAUUUAUGCUAAUUUUAUUUAAUAUUUAAUCGAUAAAUGCAUUACGCCUGCUACUUUAUUAUGUUCACCCUCCUACAAAUAUUUACCGGUCAUAUAUACUAAAAAAAUUUUCGUUAUUUCAUUUAUUUUGCACUCAAACACGUUGUCUAAACACUGUCAUUUAUGAUAUGUUUUCGGCACCCCCUAAAUACUUUGGUACACAGGCAAGGGUAAGGUUAUAUUGUUGUCAAAAAUGCAUAUGGCGACGAUAAUAAAAUGAAAGACUUAUUUAAACUGUAUAUGGGCGUUGUUACUGUUACCCUUCUCUGAUGCACACAAUGAAUUAAAACAUCUACAACCAACUACAACUUUGUCAUGUUUUUUGACGAAGCCAUUGUUUGGCGUUUAGUCAUAUGUCUCUAUUUAAGUAUAUUUACAAAAACAAAAUUUUUAAUAAUAAAAAUGGAAAAAUGUAUUUAUGUUGAUACUUACAUUUCUCGGUCAAGUAGAUAAUUGUUAAAAAGUGUAUUUCUGUAUAAGUAGAGAUUUCGUAAAAUAAUAGUGAUAAAAGUCGAAUAGUCGCAGGUGCUGUCAUCACAAUGGGAGAGUCUUUGAAAUAUAAGAAUAAAAUUAUUUAAAUAAGGCCGUGAUUGAAAUUCAACAUGGCGCAGCCUGGCGUCCUUUUAAUCCAAAUGAAUACACUUAUUGUCUAUUGUAAAGUAGGAAUAAUGCCAAUAUUUAGGCAACAACUGCAAAUGUACAAGAAACAACUGAGGGUUUCUGAGGGAGAUUUUCAUUUAUUUGGUGGGGGUUUAAAUGGGAGGUGCUUAUUGCAGAGUGUGGCAGUAAGGUCGCCAUUUUUUUGAAAAGUCGUGAUUUUUUUUACGAUUUCUCAAAUUUGUAAUGAAAUUGGUUGUGUCAAAAUUGGUGUAUGCAAAUUAUUCGGAUUUGUACGAAGAUUUCGGUCUAUCAGGGUAGUUGCGAGAAGGACAGUUGAACAACAUGGCUGGGCGUGUCGUUUGAUUUUUCCGGAAGGGCAGACAAGCUCGCGAUUGGCCGGAGUUGGCUCCUCCUCGCGACUGUUAUCAAAUAUUGGUCCACAAAUAGUUCGUGUUUGUUACAUGUUUAGAUGCCCAGAUGGGUCUCUCACUAGUAUAGUUUAUUCAGUCGGCGGGUCGGUACAUAAUUAAUAAUCUGACCCAAACUGAUAGGAAUUCAUAGCCAGUUUGUGUAGAUGUGGUGCCGCAGUGGUCGCAAUGUGCAGUAACGAGACUCCGGCUAACACCUCGCCGAGGCUGCCCAUGCCGUUCGCCCUCGAGAGCGGCCCCCGGGCCCUUCUGCCCAUCGACCAGUACCGGCUGCAGCUGUACCAGUAUGCCGUCGCCGAGCGGCUUCGUUACCCUCUAUUGAACCCUUUCCCGACGCCGCUGACCUGCUACCCGCUCUUCCCCAGGGCUCUGCAGCCCGAGGAGCCCAAGCCCCAGCACAGCUACAUCGGCCUCAUCGCCAUGGCCAUCCUCAGCUCGCCGGAGGGAAAACUCGUGCUUUCGGACAUUUACCAGCACAUCCUCGACCAUUACCCUUAUUUCAGAACCCGAGGGCCAGGCUGGAGGAACUCCAUUAGGCAUAAUUUGUCGCUUAAUGAUUGUUUUAUCAAGGCGGGAAGAAGCGCCAACGGAAAGGGACAUUACUGGGCCAUUCAUCCCGCAAAUGUCGACGAUUUCCGAAAAGGGGACUUUAGGAGGAGGAAGGCACAAAGAAAGGUGAGGAAGCACAUGGGGCUUGCCGUCGAUGAAGAUGGGGCUGAUUCACCCAGUCCGCCUCCCUUGUCCGUCAGUCCGCCUGUCGUGCCGGGGCCCUCCACCUCCGUUUAUCACACAGUGCCGGCUCGGGGUCCGUCUCGCAAGCGGCAGUUCGACGUGGCCUCGCUUUUGGCUCCGGAUUCCGGUGAAGAUACCAACGAAGAGGACAUCGACGUCGUCUCCAGUGACCAACAUCAAGAGACUUCACCCAAACAGUGGCCUAACAUGUUUCCCAUCGUUAAUUAUUAUCAAGCAUUGUUACAAGCGAGGCCGGGAACGACUGCAGAAACUGCCACCGACACCACAGACUCUUAAGUGAUUUUUAGUGAAUUGUGGUUUCAAAAGUCUAAAGUAAAAAAUCUACUUAAAGACUGUCCGUUAUAUACAUUUUUUUUUAUACGAAUAGUCACUGUUCAUAUUAGAUAUAUUUAUUGUUCUGUUACAAAACA